AUGUUUGUGCCGCGCGAGGUCGAGGUUGUCGACCCGAAGGACUUGCUUGAGAAGGGGUGCGAGGCGUCGUGUGGCAAGGCGCUGGAGACGUACCAGGCGUGCGCUGCUCGCAUCGAGGAGAAGGCCGGCGAGUGCUCGGGGUGGUACGGCGAUUACGUCCACUGCGUCGACUCCUGCGUCUCCAAGACCCUCUUCAAAAAGCUAGCCUAG